GGCCAUUUUGUCACUUGUACACUGGAGCAUGGGGAGUUUGGUUUGUUAAUGGUGCUACCAUAUUUCUUUUGUAUACGUGAAAUGGAUGUUUUUUGUACACUUCCAAAAGCAUGGAUUACCAUUGUUUUUGUUUUAAUCAAGGAAACCUGUAUGAGGCUGAAUGUCAUAGGAUGAACACUGCUGGUGGGGUGUGUCUGUCUGUGCUGUCCUCCUUCCUGGCCGUGGCCGGGGCCCUGGCUGCCGCCUCCGCCCUAGCCCUCGUCCGCCUCUCUGCCCUGGCCGCGGCCACCUCCGGGGCGGCCGCCGGCUCCCCCAGCGCCGGGGCAGAGGGGCCCCUCUCCCCCGCCGCCAUCUCCUCGCCAUGCUCCAGCCUGGUGGCGGGCGUGCUCUACGGCUCCUUCUCCCUGCGGGAGCUCUUCCCCUCCAGGCUGCCCGGCUGCUCCUGGUCCCUGGAGAACCCUGACCCCACCAAGUACUCCCUGUACCUGCGCUUCACCCGCCACCCCUCCAUCUGCCAGACACACUCCCCCAUGCUGCUGUCCCUGGACCACCACCUGGCCAACCAGAGCUGCCCGCUGCGGCUGCACUCGGACCCCCCUAAGGACCAGGAGGUGGUGGACCUCUGCGGGGGGCGGCCGGCCGCAGACGAGCCCCACGCCUUCCUGCAGUUCGACAAGAACUUUGUGCAGCUGUGUCUGACGCGGCGGCCCUCGCCCGACGCGCCGCCCCUCGCCAAGGAGACGCUGGAGCUGCGGCUGGUGGAGGUGCUGCUCAUCAACAACGAGAACUCCAGCCAGUUCACCUGUGGCGUGCUGUGCCGCUGGUUCGAGGAGUGCCUGCGCGGCGGUCGCCACGGCGACGGCGACGGCGGGGACGGCUGCGGCAUGACGCAGACGGGCUGCAUCUGUCCCAACCACAACAUCGCGCCACCGGCGGUCCCGUUGCCACCGGCGACGCCGCACGCGGCCGGCGGCAACGGCUCGCUGGCGCCCGAGGACUGCUGCGUUACCGAGCUGCACUCCAACGACGCCAUCGCCAUAGCGCCCCGGGACGUCAGACAAGACCCGUAUGAGGACGACCUGAAGGUAAAGACCCAGAGACCACGAUCUGCAGACCAGCCAGGUGUGUUUCAGGCACAGACAGGUGACCCGGCGGCCGAGGAGUGGUCCCAGUGGAGCGUGUGCUCGUUGACGUGCGGCCAGGGCUGGCAGGUGCGCACCCGCUCCUGCGUGUCCUCCCCGUACGGGACGCUGUGCAGCGGCGCGCUCCGGGAGACACGCAUGUGCAACAACACGGUGGCCUGUCCCGGUGACACCGGGAUCAUCAGCUCAGUGCAUGGGCUGUGGGAGGAGUGGUCGUCAUGGAGUCUGUGUUCUGUGACGUGUGGGCGGGGCUCUCGGAUCCGAACCCGGAAGUGUGUGAACGGAGGAGGGGGAGGGGCCUGUGGAGGGCCCGAGACUCAGACCAAACUCUGCAACAUAGCGCUCUGUCCUGUGGAGGGCCAGUGGUUGGACUGGGCCCCCUGGACCCCCUGCAGCGUGACCUGCAGCGUGGGCACGGAGCAGCGGCAGCGGCGGUGCAGCGCCUCGGUGCACGGCUGGGCUGAGUGCAAGGGGGUGCACCAGGAGAGCCGGGACUGCACCAACCCCCCGUGCAGUGGCGGCGGUGGUAACUGGGCCAGCUGGAACCACUGGAGUCUGUGCAGCAAGACAUGUGACUCUGGCUGGCAGCGGCGCUUCAGGAUGUGUGAGGGCGCGGAGGUCCAGGGCUCCACCUGCCAGGGGUCCGGGGAGGAGGUCCGCACCUGCAACGACAAGAAGUGCCCAGCGCCUCACGAGAUCUGCAAGGAUGAGACCCUCCUCUCCAUGACGUGGAAGAGAGCUUCGGCUGGAGAAACGGUCUACAACAAAUGUCCAACUAACGCCACUGGAUCUGCUAGUCGUCGUUGCAUGCUGGACAAUAAUGGAGUUGCUUUCUGGGGUCCUCCGAGCUUCGCCAGAUGCAUCUCACUUGAAUAUAGAUAUUUACAUUUAUCUUUGCGAGAGCAUCUUGCGAAGGGUCAGAGGACCCUGGCGGGGGAGGGCAUGUCUCAGAUCGUCAGGGGUCUCCUGGAGCUGUUGCAGAGGAGGAGCUACCACAGCGGUGACCUUCUCUUCUCCACGGAGAUUCUGCGAAAUGUGACGGACACCUUCAAAAGAGCAACCUACAUCCCAGCUCCCGACGACGUGCAGAAAUUUUUCCAGGUAGUCAGCUUAAUGUUGGACAUGGAUAAUAUCGAGAAGUGGGAUGACGCACACCAGGUCUCUCCCGGUGCAGCGAUGUUGAUGAGGAUACUGGAGGACUUCAUUCACCUCAUCGGCGAUGCGCAGAAACCCUUUCAGAGUGUCCUGGUGGUCACCACCAACCUCAUGAUCACUAUCCAGCGAGAGCCGGUGUCUGCGGUCUCCAGCAACAUCAACUUCCCCAUGAAGGGCCGACGGGGGAUGAAGGACUGGGCGCGGAACGCGGAGGACAAGCUCUACAUCCCUAAAGAGGUCUUCACUGCGCCCGCAGAAGAAACAGAGACCGAGACUGAAGGGACGAUGUACUAUGUGAUCGGAGCAAUCCUAUACAGGACGUUGGGAUCCAUCUUGCCUGCACCAAACCCCCCUGCGAUGAUCAACUCCAAGAUCCUGGCGGUGACGGUGCGUCCAGAGCCCCAGCCCAGCGAGCCCAUGGUGGUGGUGGAGCUGUCGCCUCUGCUCAACGGUACAUCGGAUCCUCAGUGUGUGGUGUGGGACUACGGCAACCCGGAAGCCGGAGCAGAAAACUGGGGCACAGAAGGCUGCCAAACGCUCACUUCAACCGCCGUCCACACCAAAUGUCUGUGCAGCAGGAUAUCCACCUACGCCGUGUUAGCACAGCAAGCUAAAGACCCGGACAUGGGGCCUUCCAGUAUGCCCUCAGUGCCACUCAUGGUGGGCUGUGGGGUCUCCUGCACAGCCCUGAUCAUCCUGCUGCUCAUCUACGCUGCCUUCUGGAGGUACAUUCGCUCGGAGCGAUCGAUCAUCUUGGUGAACUUCUGUCUCUCCAUCCUGGCCUCCAACAUGUUGAUCCUGGUGGGACAAUCACAGACACUGAGCAAGGGUCUGUGCACUGUGACGGCGGCCUUCCUGCAUUUCUUCUUCCUGGCGUCGUUCUGCUGGGUACUGACCGAGGCGUGGCAGUCUUACCUCGCCGUCAUCGGCAAGAUGAGAUCGCGCCUGAUCCGCAAGCGUUUCCUGUGCCUCGGCUGGGGUCUCCCGGCCCUAGUAGUAGCAGUGUCGGUAGGCUUCACCAGAGCGAGAGGUUACGGCACAGCCAGCUAUUGCUGGCUCUCCUUAGAGGGUGGUCUUCUCUAUGCCUUUGUGGGACCAGCUGCUGUCAUUGUACUGGUGAAUAUGCUGAUUGGAAUUGUGGUGUUCAAUAAGCUCAUGUCUCGGGACGGCAUCUCGGACAAGUCUAAAAAGCAGCGGGCGGGUGUCCCGGUGGAGGCACGUAACCGGCUGCUGCUGAAAUGCUCCAAGUGUGGCGUGAUCUCAAGCACCGCCAUGUCCAGCUCCACCGCCAGCGGCGCCAUGGCCUCUCUGUGGAGCUCCUGUGUAGUUCUGCCUCUGCUGGCGUUGACCUGGAUGUCUGCAGUGCUGGCCAUCACUGACCGGCGCUCCACGCUGUUCCAGGUCCUCUUUGCGGUGUUCGAUUCAGUGCAAGGCUUCGUCAUCAUCACCGUUCACUGUGCCAUGCGCCGAGAGGUGCAGGACGCGGUGCGCUGUCGGAUGGGCGGAUGCAAAGACGACAGCGAGAACUCGCCGGACUCCUGCAAGAACGGACAGGUGCAGAUCAUGACGGACUUUGAGAAAGACGUUGACCUGGCGUGUCAAACAGUUAUCUUCAAGGAGGUGAACACGUGCAACCCGUCCACCAUCACCGGGACGCUGUCCCGGAUCUCCCUGGACGACGAGGACGACCCCAAGCUGAUGGCCCACCAGGACGGAGGGGUGGGCCUCAACUUCAGCAGCCUGCCCGGCAACAUCCCCCCUCCAAACCUCAUCGUUCAGGUGCCCCCUCUGGGAGGACUUAACGAGCUGAGCGAGACGCCCCUCAAGAAGGAGGUCAACGUGGAGCAGCAGCGACAGCAGGGGCAGCAGCGCGGAGGGGCCCCCGUCUACCUGUGCACCGAGAGUGGCCUGGGCUGGGCCCGAUCGCCCCCCUCGUCCAACUCGCCCCAGGACGGGAGCGUGGGGGGCGGAGGCUUAGCAGGAGGUGGGGGCAUGAUGGCAGGGGGAGAGGGGGACUACAUGGUCUUGCCCCGGAGGACAGUCAGUCUCAAGCCGCCGGGGCCCGCCGGGAUAGUGGGGCUGGGGCUGGGGGGCGAGGAGAAGCCCCUCAACAUCGGGUUGGACGACCCCCCCUUCCCCCCGCCCCCCUCCCCGCUGACCCUGCACCCGGCCGAGAGCGAGGCCUACCCGGCCGACUUUGUGGCGCCCGGGCAGGGCGACAUGAACCUGGCCAUGAACCUCAACCACCGCUCCUACGGGACCAUCAAGACCAUGCCCGGCCACGGGAACAUGCUGGCGCCGGGCGGCCCGAUGGCGCACGCCCACCGGGGCCACGUGCAGCACGGCCACUCGCUGCAGCUCAAGCCGGGCCAGAGGCCGUCCGUCAGGCAGAUCCUGACGAGCGGCGGCGGCGUCGGCGGGGCGGAGAGGACCAUGACCCUGCCGCGCAACCUGGGCAGCACCAACAACGCAAACACCAGCCACUCGGCCGGCUCCCUGGAGUCUGAAUGUAGCCAGACAAUCACCAAUACCAUGGGCAUCCAAGUCAACAAAGGACAAGUCGACCCCAGACGACCAGCACUCCUGGGACAGCUUCAAGACCAUGACCCCCGAGCUGUGCAUCGUCCCUGGGGAACAGAAGGACCGCAUGGAGCUGCACAACAAGACAUGGGACUCUUCCUCCGCUAACACGCCAGACUCAUCCGAAGGAGAUUUUCAGACUGAAGUGUGAAAAACAACACACAUAUACAUAUACACACACCCGCAAGCAAACUAGGACACACACACAUAAAACACAAACGUACACACUCCCUCAGAAUCCGAGAUUGGACUUUCAAAGUCCCGAGCUACUCAAAAGGGCAAACUAAAGUGAACAAGUACAAACCACUGGGCGCACACAACACACGUAUGAACACACACACACACACACACACACACACACACACACACACACACACACACACACACACACACACACACACACACACACACACACACACACUUUUACAGACUCUGCUCCAAAUCUCCUGCGAUGUGUUCUAUUAGAUUGCUUACUGUAAUUGUUUACGGCUGCACUGGACUGACAUGGAGGUAAACUGUUCUAUUCUAUAUUUUCACAAAGACUAUCAAAAAUGAAAGAACAGGGGCUUGAAGCAAGUACAGACACACUUUUUGAGAAAAAUAAAAGACCUUUAAGAAAAUCCAACAAAACAACCACAGAAAAAAAAGACCCUAUGGACGAUGAACGGUUUCUGAAAAAUAAUGUCUUGAUUUUAUUCUAGAGAAGAUGAAGAAGAAAAAAAAGGAAAAUCUCUUUCACCUGUUUAAUGAUUUUGAAAAAGUUGAAAAAAGAAAAGAAUAUUUCUGCACCGUUAAGUUCUUUUUAUAGAAAGGAAAAAAAAAUCUCACUGCUGUUUUCACACCGUUAGUCCCCCUAGGCCCCCCCGUCAUCUUCUGUUUUCUUUCCCAGUGUAAUGGAGGAUGCAAGCACUCUUUUUUUUUUUACUGUACGUUUCUCUCUAUAGAUGGUUCCGGAGAGUUGGUCGGGGUUGAAGGGAAAAAAAGAGUUGUUUAAUGAUAUGUGCCAUUCCUCUGCUACGUCUUCUCUUCUCCGUCUGCAAUGUAAUCUUGUUUUCCCCUUCUUUGUAUUUUCUAUGAUUUAGAUAUGAGAUGUCCUCCCUAACGUUAAACUGUUGAGGAAAAUUAUAUCAAAAGUCAAACAGGAUCAACAAAGAACCCUUUCUGCACAAUUAUGUUCUACGGUCUUAAUUGUACAAGAAUAAUCAAUUUAUUUUGGGAUUGCUUUGGUUCGUCUGGCUUUUUGCUUGCUUUGCCUUUUUUUAGAUUCCUUUAUUAGGGUUUAUCCCUUGUGAAAACCAAACCAAUAUUCCACAUAUACACACAGCUCAUCUUUGUGAGCUUGCCUGAGGUCCUGUGUGCGUUGCAUGUUGCUCCGUCCCGAUUGGAAAACAACAAGAACAAAUAUUGCCCACUUGACACUCUCUCACCCUCUCACACACACUCCCUGGGAAUAUUUCCAUUCGGAAGAAUGCAACAUUGGAAUCGAUGUUGGGAAAAACGCCAGAGAUACGUUCCCAUCGUGGGCUGUUUGCUGUGCCAUUCAAGAGUCUGCAAAACUCGCCUCAUAUUUUCUCCAUGACUCCCUCCUUCCCACAUACAGGCCUGAUACACAGGCAUCAAUACCCUGCUCAGAGCCAGGUAUCGACUGGUUUGCCAGUCCGCUCAU